GGUAGACUCACCUUAGUUUGUGGGAAGAGCCACAUCCCAAAUCCACCAGGAAGAAUACCCAGCAAGUUUUUGAACAUCACGUCUCAGAUCUUUUUACACAUUUUCAGGUUUUUGGAGUUAAACAAUGGCCAACCCUGGAGUACAGCUCCUUGGCUUCACGCUGGCCUUCAUUGGCUUCAUUGGGACGAUAGCAUGCACAGUUAUGGUGGAGUGGAAAGCUUCAUCCUAUGCAGGAGACAACAUCAUCACAGCCCAGGCAAUGUAUGAGGGGCUGUGGAAGAGCUGUGUGUCACAGAGCACCGGGCAAAUUCAGUGUAAAGUGUACGAUUCACUCCUCCAACUACCAGCAAACAUUCAGGGCACCCGGGGGCUGAUGCUGGCCUCCAUCUUGCUGUGCUUUAUCGCCAUGAUGACGGCAGUGGUGGGCAUGAGGUGCACAACCUGCAUGUCAGAACAACCAGAACAGAAAGACAAACUGGCUCUGGGCGGAGGAGUUGUCAUCAUUAUUGCAGGUGUGCUCUCUCUGGCGGGAACGUCCUGGUACGGCCACAGGAUAGCGCAGGACUUCUACAACCCCUUUACUCCAACUAAUUCCAGGUAUGAGUUUGGAAGUGCCCUGUACCUUGGAUGGGGAGCUGCUUGCCUCGUCCUCAUAGGAGGCGGCUUCCUCUGCUGCAACUGUCCCAACAAGAGCUCAGGGAAAAGCCCCCGCUACCCGCCGUCCUCCACGGGGCACCCAGGGAGAGACUACGUGUAGACUACGUCAUUUACUCCAUCCUUUGCCGGGGCAUAGUUUAGUUUUGCAGCGUGUGUAUUUGCAGGCGGUGCCGCUGGUGUGCGUUGCAUACAAACACUGGUGUAUACAAGAGCCAGUACUCAGAAAAAAUAAAUAGUUCAGGGUGUUACAGCAGAGACUUGCUUGGUGACAAAGCUUCACAUUUCAACCAUAAAACAUUAAAGGCAACAGCCACAGUAAGUUGCAGGAAAUUCUUGAAAAAAAAAGUAUGUGGUGCUGUAUAUUUUCAUUACUCAGCUUUGAUUGGAAUCUGCCACUGUCCUUUUGUGUUUUGUAAAAUAAAAUCCUUGUUACUUUUUCACGAAA